AUGUUGCGUUCUCAUUUUGAGUUCGCUUAUGUUCUUAAUUUUAUCUUCAUAUCUUUUGUAUCAUCAGCAUCAUUUGGUGAUUUCUGUUCAAAUGAUUUAUCCUGUCAUUAUCCUUUAAUUUGUUCGAAUUCAAGUCAAUGUAUCUGUCCACUAUCAUCAUCUGAAACAUUUUGGAGUGCAGAACAAAAUACUUGUCUAUUUUGUCCAUCCGGAUGGAUUGAAUGGAAAAAUGAGACAUGUCUUUUAUUUAUACAACCACCAGAAGGUGGUAUCAUACGUGAGAAAGCCAAAAAUGCUUGUUUGACAUAUUCAGGACAAUUACUACAAAUUGAUUAUUAUCAAGAUUAUAUAGAAUUUCAAUAUAAAAUAAACGAUAUGUUAAAAGGUGAAUAUACUAAUAAAUUAAAUGAAUUUUUAAGUAAUGGUGUUUGGAUUAAUUUUACUGAUUAUACAAAUUCGAUGAAUUCAUAUGAAUGGUGUGAUAUGGAAUAUGAAAAUGAUAUAUUGUCAUGGAAUGAUUGUAUUCGUAUAACGAAACAAUUUUCAAAUGAUAAAAGUAAUACAUCACUUUGUCUAAGUCAUGUACAAUGUAAUGAAAAAUUAUCAUAUAUUUGCAAGAGAUUAGCAAAUAUUCAAAAUGAUGUGAACAAUGACAAUAGAAUCUUCGGAUUAAUUGGUAAUCUUAUUGGAAAUCUAUUCGGUUCUAAUCCACCGCCGCCACCACCACCAUCACCGCUACCACCACCAGAGCCAAUAAUUAUCUAUCAUACAAAUCCACCAAAGAUAGAAAUAGAACAACCAUUGUCACAAACUUCAAAAUCAAAUAAUACUAUACUCUACAUUGGCAUUGCUGCUGGUAUUUUUAUUCUCAUUUUAAUUAUAAUACUCUGCUGUUGUUUUUGUGGUGGUUUUCUUCUUUUAAAAAGUGACAAUAGCUCAACAGCAUCAUCACGACCAUCACGCUUUCGUCGACGACGUGAUCGAACUAGUGUCGAUUCGACUGCUAGUGAUGCUACAUAUUGA